AUAUAUUUUACAGCUCUUUACGGGGACAAGUCUUUUCUUCUUUGAUAUUCUUGAGGAUUGCCAAGCUGGCCAAGAUGCCACCUGCCUGUGUAUGCCGAGGUGCAGGAGCCCUACGUGUACCUGCAGAGCAGCCAGGUGGAGGUCACCAACCUCUACCUGGGCGUGCCCACCAAGACGCCUGUCGCACUCAUCAAUGGCACACUCCUGCCCACACAGUUCCACUGGGGCAAGCUCCUGGGGCUCCAAGCAAGCUUCUGCACAGCAAAAGUCUCCCCGAGACGUGGCACGCUGGGCCCCCGUGAGGAGCGCCAGUUCAGCCUAGAGUUGACUGCUCAUACCCAGGACGAGUUGAUGGACCUGGCCCUCCCUUGUAACGUGUUGGGCAUGAAGGAGCCACUGGUUCUGGGCAUUUCCGGGAAACCCCGGGGACUGCAGGUGGCCAUCGCCAUCUCUACAGAGGACGGCGACAGCAGUGUUGCCAGUGCAGAGCUGUGGCCAGGCCACCCGGAGAGGCUCCACCUGGACUUCGGCUCAGCAGUGCCACUGCGGACCCGCGUGAAUCGCCAGCUUAUCCUGACCAACUGCUCCCCGAUACAGACCCCUUUUACCCUCAAGUUUGAGUACUUUGGGAGCCCUGCAAACAGCCUGCGCCAAAAACCCAGCCUCCCCGACAUGCCUCCUGCCCUGCUGAAGAUGGCUCGGAUGCGGGAGCUCUUGGCCAAGCGAGAGCAGCUGGAGUUUAUGGAAAGCAUGCUGUCCCACGGGAAAGGAGCUGCCUUCUUUCCCCACCUCUCCCAGGGCGUGCUGGGGGCCCACCAACAGCUUGGCAUUGACCUCACAGCCUGUGCGAACAUGUGGGGCGAGUACUGGGACAGCCUCAUCUGCACAGUGGGAGACCUGCCUCCAGCGGUCAUCCCGGUGCACAUGGCGGUGGUGGGCUGCCCCAUCAGCUCCCACAGGACCGCCCACUACACCACUGACCAGAUCCAGAAGGAGCCUGUUGUCAGGUUCGGCACCCAGGUCUCUGGAGGAGACACCAUCACCCGGAUCCUUCGCCUGAGUAAUUCCAGCCCCUGUGACAUCCGCCUGGACUGGGAGACCUACGCUCCAGAGGCCAAGGAGGACCGGCUGCUGGAGCUGCUGGUGUCCUAUGGGCCACCCUUCCCGCUGCGGGACCAAGCUGGGAACGGCCUCCUGUGCCCUGAGACCCCUGAGAGCAGCAGCUCCUUCUGGUCCCCAAGUCCCUCUGACGUGUCCAAGUCCAGCCGUGAAGCUGCCCAGUCUGCUGAGGGCGGUUCCAGUGCCGGCGCCUCCCAGGAAAUCAUCUCAGUCACCCUGCAGGGGCGCGAGGGGGUGCCCUCUGACCAGCUGUUCUCCAUCAGCCCCAAGCAGGUGGUGGUCCCCGCAGGGGGCAGCAGCACCAUCCGCAUCUCCUUCACACCCGUGGUCCUGGGCCCUGACGUCCUGCACAAGGUGGAGUGUACUGGCUCCGCCCUGGGCUCCAUGAGCUUGGAUGACGAGGUGGAGAGGGAGCUUCCGGGGAGGAGGCGCCGCCUGCAGGGCUCGGCUGUGGGACCCGUGAGGCUGCACCUGCACGGCUACGUGAGGCCUGCGCAGCUGAGCGUGGAGCUGGACUCCGGCAGCGUGGUGUUCUGGCACCAGGCCAGCGACCUCAUCCCCGAGCAGCGCUGUGCUGGGGUGCUGAGUGAGCUGGUGACCACCCGCCACCUGAAGCUGACCAACACCACGGAAAUCCCACACUACUUCCGGCUCCUGGUCUCCAGGCCCUUCUCUGUUUCUCAAGAUGGGGAGAGCCGCAGCCACAGGGCUCCCGGCCCCAGCUGGAAGCAGGAGUGCAAGGAGGGAACAGCAGCAGCCGGCAAGCAGCUGGUACUCUACCCACAGGAGAACAUGCUGGUGAAUGUGUCCUUUUCCCUCUCCCUGGAGCUGCUCUCCUAUCAGAAGCUCCCGGCUGACCAGAUGUUGUCUGGAGUGGACAUGCAGCAGAGCGCGAGUGGAGAGAAAAAGAUGGUCUUCACUCAGAAUCUGCUACUGGAAUACAGCAACCAGACCACUCAGGUGGUGCCCCUGCGGGCCGUCGUGGCCGUGCCUGAGCUGCAGCUCUCCACCAGCUGGGUGGACUUCGGGACCUGCUUCGUGAACCAGGGCCGCAUCCGGGAGGUCUACCUGAUGAACCUGAGCGGCUCCCGGAGCUACUGGGCCGUGUUGACAGGCCAGCAGGAGCCAGACAAGGACCCUGUUGCCUUCAGGGUCACCCCAAGCAGUGGGCUGCUGGAGGCACGACCGGUCAACGCGCCCCCCACCUCCGUCCCCCUCCAGGUUUCCUUCACCGCCAGGAGCUGUGAGCUGUACGAGUCCACGCUGGUGGUGGAAGGUGUGCUCGGCCCUGCACCCUGUGUCCUCAGAGCUAAUACAAAGGGUCGGCCACACCCCUGUGGAGACCAGAGCAGUUAAAAGAGUCACUAUUCAGAUUCAGCAGAGGCAGGACUAGCAUACCAAGAACUGGCUCGCUCUUGGGGAAAAAAACCACAGCCACUAAGAGAAGGUAAUGCGUUUACUAUGUUUACUGCACUCCGCAUCCCCAGGCCCCUUCCCCCAGGAAUCACGGUGGCCUUGCAGGCUGGGUGAGCCAGGCCAACUUUGCCUGUCUCAGCUAGAGGGGCCCGACAGAUGGCAGCCCGAUACCUCACCCGCUCCCGUACUGUCUCAUCAGUGUUCACAUUUGCCAGCUCAGCUGAAGUGCCUUGACUUGCCACUGCCGCCAGUGCUGGGACUCCCCAGGUGUCACGUCUGUAGCGCUACUGCCAGAGCACUGGCCUGGGCCUCUUUCAGUUUCCAGGGUAUUCGAAGACGGCGGCUGCUCCCAUGCCGGUCCCGAUGCACAUGGACACCACCCCAUACGCCCUGUGGGAGCAAAAUGUGCUGGUUGGGUGAAGGCACAAAGGGCAGAAGCCCAACCACCAAGCUCUCCUCGGACCAGGCUGAGCUGGGUGGACCAAGGCCUUCACGGGCACAGGACGCCAGACCUUGGGGAACGUGGUUCCCGGCCUGCCCGCCGAGGGGCGCACACGGUGGCCGAUGCCUGCCGCAGGCCAGGGGCCCGUCUCCUCAGCUCGGAGUGUGGGGGGGGCAGGCGGGGGCGCGUACACCUCCCCCCAUCAGGCGCACCAGCUGGGCCCCCCCCCCGACCCCCACGGGGACCGGCCUUACCGCCUCCCGCGGCGCUUCAGCUCGUUGAGCAGCGUGAUGACCUGUCGUGCCCCAGUGCAGCCCAGCGGGUGGCCCAAGGCCACCGCACCCCCCAGAGGGUUCACCUUCUCAGGGGGCAGUUGCAGCUUCUCCACACAGUAGACGACCUGGAGGGAGGCUGAGCAUCAGCUGUAGCUCCCUCCCCCGCACCACCCGCCCGCUGCCUCCAACUAGGCGGCCCAGGCAACAAUGCAAAACGGGCUCACCUGACUUGCGAAGGCCUCAUUGAUCUCAAAGAUGUCCACGUCCUCCACCGUCAACCCUGCAGGCAAGCGGAAAAGACCUGAGCUGACCCAGCGGCCCCUUAGCAGGCUUCUCAUACUCCCUGGGGCCCUGCGCCAUCCAUGGUCUGGAGGCUGGGCUGCCCGGUGUGUCUGCCUCUGUUCCAGAUGGGUGAGCGGGUCCCAGCUGUGGGGUCAGGAAGGGGUCGGGGUGCCCCCACCUUCACUCUGCGGCACCCGCAGGCCCACCCCGGGCACCCGCCUCUGGCAACAGCACGAGAGGCAGGGGCUGGAUCCAAACCUAGGGUGUGAAGGAGCCAUCUUACCUGCUUUUUGCAAAGCUACAGGGAUGGCAUAGGCAGGUCCAAUGCCCAUGAUGUCAGGCGGGACCCCAACCACUGCAUAGGACCUCAGGACCCCAAGGAUGGGAAGGCCCAACUCUUCUGCCUUGGACCUCCUGGCCAGCAGGAUGGCAGCUGCCCCGUCACUCACCUGGCUAGAGUUUCCUAGAGGCAAACCACAGGGUUAAGGAGGCCUCGGGGCAGCUCCGAGGAGGUCCAGACCUUCCAUAUCCACCCUGCCCGGUGGCUCCAGGCUCCCAGAGGAGAACACCUGGCACGGAAGCAGCCCCCUCCUCACCCCACCCCCAGCCCAGUCUCACCAGCUGUGGUAGAGCCCCCCUUCUUGAAGGCAGGCUUCAGUUUGGCCAGGCCCUCCAGGGUGGUGUCGGGGCGGAUGCCCUCAUCGUGGGCCACGGUGACACUUCUCUCAGUGCCUUUGUCAUCACGGACCGUGGUGGUCACAGGCACAAUCUCGGCUUGGAAACAGCCCUUGCUCUGGGCUCUGGCUGCCCUGCCAGCACCGUGGACAGCCAGGCUCAGGUUUCCAUGGGGUUACCUUCCUUCCUGGGGUCCCUCCCUGAGGCUUCCGCCUCCUGCCCUGCCCUGCCCUCUGGGACAGACAUGCAAGCUCAGGCUGCUACAUGCGGGGUCACACUCACCUCGGGGGGAGUGCAGAGGGUCCCCUACUACCCCACCUGCCCUGGGACUGGGAAGCCCAGGGCUUUACCGGGAUUUCUUGGCCAUCAGCCUUAGAUCUUCAGAUCCUGGCUUAUCCCAACCUCAAAGGGGAGGGGGAAGUUUGGAAGUGGCGUCUCCCCUUGGGAGACCUUCACCCAAGAGGGACUAAGCCAAACUGAGGCUGGAGCCCCAGGAAUAUUUGUGCGGGGUUCUGCCAGCUUUUCUGUUCCCUCCCGUCGCUCAAUUCCAUCCAUUCCCCAUGUUUCCACGUGAUUAAAAUGACAUAUACUACCCUGAAUAAAUCUAUGCAAAAUUUGCAUGAGUGACACGAUUAACACAAACUUGUUAGUGAGAUAAAACUUUUUAAAUGUCAAAAUAAAAUAAAAUGCCAUAUACCAAACUA